UGGGAGGGGGCUGGACUUCCUGGUGCUGGGACUUGUCAACAGCCGAAGAGGCGAGGAGAGAAGCGGAGCAGGAGAAGGAAGGCGAGCCAGCCGAGCCCCUCCGCCAGCUCGCCCAGCGCAGCCCUGGCCGCGGCUUUGCCCACUGAAGGCCGGCCGUCGCGAGGGGCGCGCGUGGGGCGGGCCGUCCGGCCUCGGGGGGAGCCGAGGGCUAAGAUCUAUCCUGCCCGGUGGGUGGUCGCAGCCCCCAGAGCAGCGGGGAUGCCCUCCGGCCCAGCCCCGCCAUGCCUCGAAGCCGAGCCCAGCCCCGCCGCCCCCUGAGCCGCUGGCCGGGCCGGGAUCGAGGGAAGGCGAGGAAGGAGCGGGCGGACCGCUCAGCCGCUUCGCUCCGCCGAGGAGCCGUCGCCGGAGCCCCGCCGGAGAAAGUUGCAGCUGGGAGUGAAACAAUGCGGGACGCCUGCCAGGCAAAUGCCCCUUAAGCUGGCUUUGCUCCUGGCCAGGGCGCGCCGACCUCUCACCGCUGCCGCCAACCCGCAGAAGCCGCCGCUCACCAGGCGAAGAACCCAGCCGGGGUCUUUGGGGGGGCCUGCCCUGUCCUCAGAUCAGCCCGGGGGCAGACUCCGGACCUGUGCUUCUUCGCUCUUGUGUCGGGUGCAGCCAUGGCCUGGGGGUGGCCGGUUCAGCAGCCCUGCUAGCCCCCCCUACUCUGUUGCCUGGAGAGUCGUGGAGACCCCCGCCCGGUCAGGAUCAUGAACGUGGGGAAGAAGAAGAGCGGGUUCCAGAUUACCAGCGUCACCUCUGACUACGAGAAGGAGGGUCUGUCGGGAGGAGACGGCAAGGGUCCCUCUGCUAGGCCAGCAGGGGGGCUGCCGGAGGGGCCCAACCCUGUGGAAAAUGGCAGUCACCAUCUCAAUGGUGGUGUGGGGCCAAAAAACGGGCCCUCGGCUCCUGGCUCCCCGGGUUCAGCCCCCUUGCACCCGAGCUCCAUCGGCAGCGUGGCCGGUUCUCGCUUUCGUGUGGUCAAGCUGGACCAUGGUUUGGGAGAGCCAUACAAACGCGGGCGCUGGACUUGCCGAGACUUCUACGAACAGGAGAAGGACCACCACCUGAUGGGGCGGCUGGCAGACUCUGCCCGGCAGCCUCAGUCCCUGGACUCGCGCCUGGAAGUGGCUGGCCUGCUGGCGAAGCCCUCCUCGCCCUUCAGCCCCCAGAUGCCACGCAGGGGAGGGCCUUGCCUGCAAUCCCUCCUGGUCCUCCCGGUGCCCGCGGCCUCAACCCACCAGGCCCGGUCUCUGGGGGGUGGCCUGCCUGUUCUCCGCCCUAGUAGGACUCCCCCCAGCCCGGCAUCUUUCCACAGCACCCGAGUUGUGGCAGAGACGCGGCCCCUGGCUCCAGAGGAAGGUGCCCAAGAGCCCGGAGACCCUCCCCAGCCUGACACCAUCCCCGUGGUGAGAGUGGAGGAGCAUCUGCUGCCCAAAAGUGUCACCCAGCUCAUCCCAAGGGAGACGGAAGAGCGGCACAAGAUUUUGCCCAGAGAGACCCGCUCGCGCCCAUCUUCCCCGGCUCCCCUGCUCUUCCGCGAUGCAAGUCCCCAUCGGAGAACCUCGGACCCCUUUGGCGUGGCCCGCUUCAACCUGGCCCGGUCGGUGUUUGGCAUGGGAGCCUCCCACGACAGCGACGAUGACAGAGAGCUGGAGGCAGGAGGAGAGGCAGGAGCGAUGUCUCUGGACCGCCGCCGCCGGGCGUCUGUCCGAUCCCUGGUCACCGCUUACGAGUCUCAGUGGGAGCACCCUGGCUGUGGCUGCUGCCUACUCCCCGAUCCGGGGGCUUCCCCUCGCCCCAGGCAGAGGGGCUGCACCUCUCCGGCUUCAUCCAGGGAGGCCUCCCCACCGCGGGUGAGGAAGCUGAAGGAGACCCCGCCAAACCCCCGGAAGCUGAACAGCUGCCGCCAGAAGGAGGCGGACCAGAGGCUGGUCUCCCUCCUGUUGGUCCUCCACAGCGGAACCAAUAGCAGCAUGAUUGCCAUUGACAACAAGAUUGAACAAGCCAUGGACCUGGUCAAGAGCCACUUGAUGUUCGCCGUGCGGGAAGAGGUGGAAGUCUUGAGGGAGCAGAUCAAAGAACUGUCCGAGCGCAACGCCGCAUUGGAGCAGGAAAACAGCCUCUUGCGCUCCCUGGCCAACGCGGAGCAGACCAGCCACUUUCAAGCUCAGCUCCACGAAAAGAAGCCACCAUCCAGCGGCUCUGCAUGACCCGGGACAGAUGGACAGAUGGACGGACGGACGGACAGAGAGCUGCUGCUGCUGCUGACACUAAGGAGCGCCUGAGGAGAGGGAGCUCGCCAAUGCAGUCCCGCUGAUGUGAACUUGCCUCUUUGGGGUGGGUGGGGGUGGGUGGGGGGCCCAUGCACACCUGUGCGUGUGCGUUUGUGAAACCAGCCUUUGGGGUGGGGGUGGGGUGGGGAACUGGGCUACUAACACACCACGUGCCUUCUGGGGGUGCAAUUUUGCCCCCCACUCUGAAAGGAGCAGGAUGUAUUUCCUAGCAGGGAGGGGGGGUCCAGAGGGGGAAACCCAGCCUCGGAUUGGGGGAUCCCUCCCUCCCUCCCAGAGAUUUUCCUCCCUUAAUCUGGGGGGAGAAUGCUGCACUUGUCUCCCACCCCCCACCCCCCCCCCCGAGACUGAAGUGGGAGGGGCUUUUUUAAGGUACUACGGACAUGGUUCGAAAUUGGGAUGCAGGACUGAGGUUGCGGUGUGUGGAGCUGGCCAUACUUUUAUAACCAGGGCACUUUUGCAGUAUUUCAGGUCAUUAAAGUACCCAACUGUUAAAA